AUGCAAUUUGAUGAAAAUGGAAAAGCUGUUAAACAAUACAUUGGAGAAGGUGAAAAUGGUCCAAUUAAUUCAUACCGUCAUAAUCCAUAUUCUUAUUUCAAUGAAGAAUUAAAUGCUAUUGAAGAGGGACCGGAUGGAUUACCACGAUAUUCUAACCAGUUUGAUGGUCAAUAUGCAAAUAUUAGACCUGAAAUUUCAGCUAAGAAAUUCUUUAAAGUUGCUUUAUUCGAUCCAGUUUUCGCAAAUGUUAAAGAUGAACUUAAACAUCAAUUCCAACCAAUUAUAGUAGCAAGAAUUGCAUCAGGUGCUUUAUCUCAAGCAUUCAAAGAUUUAAUUAAGAAACCAUUAUAUCAGCAACGAGGUUUAACUUAUGAUUUAGUUAAGGAAUCAGAUAAAAGAAAAUUUGAGAAAUCAGAUGAUUAUAAGAAUGCAAUUAAUGAAUAUAUUCGGUCUAUUAAUUUCGAUGAAACAGCUAAAAAUCAACUUCAUGAACAAAUACAGGGAAUAAUAGAUUCAAAAGUUCCAGUAAAAUAA